UGGGCCAGGCAGGACCAGGAAAACUCCAGCUAUACCCCUGUCUCUGCCUCCAGAGUGCUGGGAUUAAAGGCGUGCGCCACCAUGCCCAGCAUAACUUUCUUUUUAAUAUAUAGUUGUUAAUUUUUAAAUUUUAUUUUAUGUGUAUGGGUAUUUACCUGCAUGUAUAUCUGUGAAUCACCUACAUGCCUGCUACUACCUACAGAGGCCAAAAGAGUGUGUUGGAUCCCUGGGACCUAGAGUUACAGUUGGUUGUGAGCGACCAUAUGAGUGAUGGUCCUCUGGAAGAGCAGCCAAUGCUCUUAACCACUGAGUCAUCUCUCUAGCGCUGCCUACACCCCCGACUUUUUUCUUUUCUUUUCUUUUCUUUUUUUUUAUUUUUGAGACAGUACUAUGUAGCCUUGGUUGGCCUAGAACUCACUCUGUAGACCAGGCUGACUUCAAACUCACAGAGCUCCACCUGCCUCUGCCUCCCAAGUGAUGAGAUUAAGUGAAUGUACAACUAUGUCCAGCUACAAAUAUUUAUUGCUUUUUUUCACUAUUUUCCUCCUUCCUUAUUUUAAACAUUUGUUUUUGUGUGUGUGUGUGUGUAACAUGUGCCUGUGCACACAUGUGCAUAUGUGUGUAUGUGGAGGCCAGAAGACAACUUUCGGGAGUCAGUUUUUUCCUUCCAUCCUGUGGGUCCUGUGGUAUAAACCCAAGUCCUCAGGCUGGCAGCAGAGGCUCUUAUCCGCUGAGCCAUCUGUACCCCCCACUGUUUAGAAGAGUCUUUCUGUGUAGUCCAGACUGGCUUUGAACUCGUGAUCCUGCUGUCUCAAUCUCACCAGUGCUGGGGUUAUUGGCGGAUUUCUUCUUAGUAGCCAUUAAAACACACAGAGAGACAAUACCUUCUUGUGAGAGCAGCAUCGUAGAUGUGGGAAAGCUAAGGGAGGCGUUCCUAUCAGUCACUGGGCAUUCUGCCUGUGCCAUUCCAAUCUCCAUGCCCAGCAGUUCCAUGAAAGAAGCGUUAUGUUCCUCCUUUGACAAAGUCACUGGAGCACAAAGGUGAAGCGUGUCUCCCAAGGUCAGUCAGCAAGACGUCUGGAUUCCACACCCCAGCUCCAGCCCUGGUAGAAGAUGCUGGUUUCCAGAGCUCAAGUUGGCCUAGGCGGCCUCCCCUUGUGGGAGGAACACUUGGAGGAGCCACACUGGCCAACAGGGGAGGAGAAGAGAUUGUCUGAGCCACGGAGUGGACAGCUGCCGACUAUGGAGAACCGAGACUCUGUGGCCUGCCUGCACCCAUGGCUCCUUCAGCUACUGCUGCUGCUGUCGCCACCUCACACCCACCAGGGACAGGCCCUGGGACUCAUUGUCCUUACCGAGAGUGCCCAGGAUCCUCCAGCUAGGUACCUCAGCAAUGGCCCAGGACAAGAGCCUGUCUCUGUGAUGACCAUUGACCUCAACAAAAUCAGCAAACCCUAUUCCUCCUUUGAGUUUCGAACCUUGGAUCCAGAGGGAGUGAUUUUUUAUGGGGACACCAACACUGAAGAUGAUUGGUUCAUGCUGGGACUUCGUGAUGGCCAGCUUGAAAUCCAGCUGCACAACCUCUGGGCUCGGCUUACAGUAGGCUUUGGCCCUCAGCUGAAUGAUGGGAGAUGGCACCAGGUGGAGCUGAAGAUGAAUGGGGAUUCACUGCUGCUGUGGGUGGAUGGGAAGGACAUACUGUGCCUGAGACAGGCCUCUAGAUCCCUGGCUGACCAUUCCCAGCCCAGCAUGAGGAUCGCUCUAGGGGGGCUCCUCCUCCCUGCCUCCAGUCUUCGGCUCCCGCUGGUGCCUGCCCUGGAUGGCUGUAUACGUCGAGAUACUUGGCUGGGCCACCAGGCCCAGCUCUCACCCUCUGCCCCUACUAGCCUCGGAAACUGUGAUGUGGACUUGCAACCUGGACUGUUCUUCCCUCCAGGGACCCAUGCAGAAUUCAGUCUCCAAGACAUUCCCCAGCCUCACACAGACCCCUGGAGCUUUUCUCUGGAGCUGGGAUUAAAGCUGGUGGAUGGCUCAGGAUGCCUCCUUGCUCUUGGGACAGGAACAAAUUCUUCUUGGCUUACCCUUCACCUCCAAGAUCAAAAGGUGGUGCUGUCUUCUGGAGUAGAACCAAACUUAGCUUUACCCUUAGACACGGGGCUCCCUCUUCAGCUGAAGCUGGAUGUUUUCAAAGUGGUCUUGAGCCAAGGGCCAAAGAUGGAGGUCCUUGCUGUGUCCCUGUCGAGACUGGACUCCCUCCGGAGACUCUGGUCCCACCCUCAGGGCCAUCUCUCUCUUGGGGCUUUACCAGGAGACAAUUCUUCCGCUUCCUUUUGCUUGAGUGAUCUUCGGGUACAAGGACAGAGACUGGACAUAGACCAGGCCCUGAACAGAAGCCAGAACAUCUGGACUCACAGCUGCCCUCAGAGCCCAAACAAUGUCACUCACACUUCCCACUAAACCCCCUUUGUGAAGGAGGCAUGGUGGUACAUGCCUGUAAACCCAGGACAGGUAGAGUUGGGAGAAUCAGGACCUCCAUGUCAUCCCUGGCUACAUAACAUGUUUGAGACCAGCCUGGGCUAUGUGCAACCCUGUCGUUAAAAAUAAAGAGGAACUUUGAAUGCAACUCA